AUGUCUUCUAUUUCAGGCGAGCAGACUAUCUCGGCUUCCGCUUCGUCGAAUUUUCCAAACAAUAAUCUUAGAUUCAAAAAGGCUCUUUCGCAAAGAACAACUGCCGUCGAAGAUCCCAUCUCUUCAUUCCCAAUUUCAACUAUGCCACUAGUCGACUCGGGAAACGUUUAUGCUCUGUCUCCGCCACAGCCUCUCAGCGACGACUUCCGAGUUGACCCUCAUCACUUUAGCAUUGCUACGUUUGCUACGACCUCUUCAACAAACUCAUUCUCUUCAACAGACUCCAAAGAUUUCUCGUCCUACCCUUCGUUAUAUACCACUACGACAGCUUGUUCAAUGUCUCCUCCUCCUCAUUCACCCAUUUAUCACUCAGCUGCAGCAAAAGCCUCAGUGCAUUCUGAGCACCGGUGCUCUUCUACGGGUAGUAGCUCUAGCAGCAGCAGUAGUUCAACCAGUAGUAAUGGCUACCACAACCUUCACCCCCCAAACUCUAACCUUCACCUAAACCUUAAUAGCCAUCCGGACUAUAUUUCUAAUCUUGGUAGCUCGCAUCUUCAUUCUCCCGCUAGAAGUUUAUCUGGUGGUACAGGUGGAGCUAACUCGGUUCAUUCUUUUUCAUCUUUGGACUCAGAUGAAAAUGUCAAUCGUCGCUCGGGCUCUCGCAGACUUUUUGAAAAGUCCAAAGGUGCUCCUAAUCAUACAUCUCUUUUAGAACAGCCUGAGUUCGCCAUUCCUAGCCAGUGCCUCAAGGUUGAAGAAUCUGCCGAUGACGAGCCAGCUGACACAAAUGAACAGUCGCCUAAUGUGCUGUUAAAGUCUUUUGAACGUCUGAAACUUUCAAACCUUGACAUGUCAUUUAAUCUUCAAGACGAACUUUCUUUUCAUGCAACAAGUGCUGAUGAAUCUAACAAUACUGAUAGUCUCAGUAGUAUCACCACUGCCACCACCAACACCAACACCAGUAAUAGUUUGUUUAUGUCCAGUAACAACAAAGAUGGUUUGUCUGCUUUAAAAAAUUCUAACAAACCUGAGUCGGUAUCCUCUUUCAAUUACAAGUCUUCGUACCAAUCACAAACGCAACAACAGCCUAGAGCAUUUCUUACUGAUCCUCGAAUUUUGCAGCCCGAUUCUUCCUCGUUAACUCUCAACAGUUCCAAUGAUUCAAGCACUAUAACGAGUGAGACUGUCACACGCAACACUGACCGCGACAGUUUUACUAGAACCCAUGUGGCACGGUCUGGUCAUGAAAAUUUGAAGUUUCCCACUAGUUCGCUUGCGUUUGGUACUGGUUUUCAAGAAAAUAGCUGCAAUGCCAGUGAGGAUAAUAAUAAUAAUAUUAUUAACCGAUCAAGAACCAAGAAUAUCAGCCCACAACAACACUCGUUUGAUAAGUUAAGAGGUUUAGACCCCCCAAAAGCAUCUAACUCGUUUUUGGGUGGAUAUGCGGCAGACGCAGCUCCUGAACUUAAUUUGUUAGGCCGCACAAGUUUUGAGAGUUCAAAUUCUAACGGAUCGCGAGAGUCGGUUCACUUAGAUCUCACCCUGGACUUGGAUUCGGUUAUUCACAAUGCGCUUGUGGAGAGCACGGGCACUCCCACAGAUGACGGUGUGGAUUGCCGAUCGCCUACAAUCACCUCUUCUGCUACAUACUCUUCCAAAACUGUUGGCUGCUAUAACACUAACACCAACAAUGCUUACAACUUGAUGCGUGCCCCAACUCGGAUGGAAAAACCUGAGACACCGGACCGGCCACACUUUAGCGUACUUGAUGAGACAUUCAUUGAGUAUCACGGCAGCGCGCUAUAUUCUGCAGGAUUAUGCGACGCGUCGGAAAGCCCUGUGAUUUCGGAGUUUCAAAACCGUAGUGCCAAUCCUAAGGCUAACGGUAACAAUAACAACAGUAAUCAUUCAAAGGGCAUCAAAAGCAUUGCAAAGAUUGGUUCUAGUGUUAAGAGUCUUGCAAAGAAAAUCUCGCACAAGAACGAGGGUGAUAACAACAAUAACAACUACAAUUAA